AUGCGCUCUAGAACUGGCUGCUUGACAUGCCGAACUCGAAAGCUCAAAUGCGACGAACAAAAGCCCAAAUGCUCACAAUGUCGUAAGGGCGGUCGAGAAUGCCGGCCUAGUGAAGGUAUUGUCUUUCGCCAUCAGCAGAAUGCGUCUAUGAACAAUGAAUCGGCAGCGUCGCCCGAAGGCCGGGGCAAUCUUAAUGGGUUCUAUUCGUACAAAAACACUUUCGACAAGGAUAGUGUCUGGUUGGAUGUUCCGAAGCACGUCAUCUUCGUCGACAACUCCGAUCCGUACGCCGAUGAUCUCGAGACCUCGUUAGCUGAAUCCAGUGCUAUGGCCCUGGCCCAGUCGCGCAACCAACAAUGGGGCAGUGGGUCAAAGGCAAGCGACGCUGAACAACAUAGCCUGGAAGCCUUGUCGGCCGUCGCAACUCAUGAUCGUUUUUCAUAUUCUCCCUUGGACCAUCCCUCCGUUUCCGACAGUGUCUCCUAUCCUUCCCCAAGUCUAUCACGAGGCAGUGCGAUGCCCCCUCCUACAUCACCCUCCAUGUCCUUGUCGGUCAGCAGUAAUAACACCAACAUCAACUUCCUCCUCAACCCAUCCCAUUCCAUGUCCCCAUCGAUCGACUCCACAACCCUUCAGGCAGCCGAUCAGAAAAGUGCCUCACUCCCCUCGAGACCGGCUAUAUCUCGAGCACAAACAGAAUUCCGAGUAGAAAGCCACGCCGAAACCGACUUUGAGGUGGCCUUUCUUUUGCGUCAUUAUUCAGAAGGACCAGGACUGUGGAUGGAUAUGUUCGACCUGGGGACAUACUUUGCAUCUCAUGUUCCAGUUAGAGCAUUAUCGAACCCGCUUCUGAAGUAUGCCGCCUGUGCAUAUGCUGCAAAACAACUCGGCCGUGUUAAGGGCGCCAAAGCAAAGAUGGGUGGGGUCUGCUCAAGGCAGGCUGCCAUGGAGCUAUGGCCCGACAAGCACAACGAUCUCACCUGGGUAGGCGCCAAAUAUUAUGAAAAGGCCAUCCAACUGCUCAUGAAAGAGCUCCAACCUGAUGCGGAGGGACCGCCGCCAUUGAGCACACCUGAAGCUUUUGGACAAUGGCAGGCUGCUGAACUGUGCGAAGAUACGCAGACUUCUCGCAAACGUCGCAGGCGAAUGUCAAAUAGUCGGCUGUCACGUGGUGUUCAUUCGGAUGAGGUAUUGGCAGCGACGGCCAUCUUGUCGGUCUAUGAAUUCCUGGAUGCGACCGGUCCGGCAUGGAAUCGCCAUUUGAGCGGCGUAAAAUCAUUGCUCGACGUAGCUGAGGUAGGGAUCAUGCCUCUGGAGUCACGAUCGUCGGAUGGAGAUAGUCCUUAUCACGCAAUGAGGAAAUCUGGUCUCUCAAAGGCUCGAAAGGCAGCCUUUUGGAACUUUGCGCGACAGGACUACCUAGCUGCAUUCAUCAAUGAAGGCCACACACGGUUGAACACUGAAGACUUGGUGCUUUGGACCGAGGCUGGUUUACGACUCGACCACAUGGGAUUCGUGCGCCCGAGUAAUUCGGGAGUCACAGCAUACGCCGAUGGAGACGAUAUCAUGAAAGAAGAUGUUAUCUGCAAUGCUCUGGUAUGGAUUCUGUCAAAGAUUGUCAACUUCAUUAGUUCCGGGGACAAUUUGGGCAUCAACGACCACAGCUCUGUCGAGAGUGGGCCCCUUGGGGUUUCCCAGCAGGCAUUGCUUGAGCGGUGGUACCGGCUUGAAGCUGAACUGGAUGCUUGGUAUAGAGGCCUGCCAGAAACUUUUGGAGCGUCUGCGAGAGUCGAACCCUCCCAGCUGCUGCAUUGUUACCCACCAGCGGAAGCCAAAGACCUGACCACUCUGCAGGAAGUGUGGCAUAGUAUUCCCAUGUGCGCUUCAAGUAUGCAGCAUUACCACAUGGCCCGUAUCCUGCUGUUGAUCAAUAAGCCACAUGAAUCCACUAGUCGACGAAGCACGAUCACUCUGCGACUCCAGUCCUAUCGAUCCAUCGAAGCGGAAAUUGGCUUUCACAGUCGGGAGAUUGUCGGAAUUGGCCUCAGUCGUCCAGACGGGAGCGUUCGCAUAAAUUCGCUGCAGCCUCUCUUUGUAAGCGGCCAGUGUCUGACGGACCCGCGCGAACGUCGAGUCAAUAUUCGGUUGCUGCGAGCCAUCGAGGCGGACUUGGGCUGGGCCACCGAGUACCGAGUCCAGCAACUCCUCAAAGAAUGGAACUGGAACGAGAGCUCUCUUCAGCCGGCGGGGUCCUGA